AUGUCUAACAAAGAAAAGAAAGAGUUUGAAUUUAUAGAACAGCCAGGCUCUCCAAAUAAACGUCCUCAAGAUUCUUGUCCAAAUUCUUAUCCAAUAAAGAUUGCUAAAAAUAAGAAUAUUACGCUUUUUAAUGAAAGUCUCAAACGUCUUGAUCUAAAAACUAACCUUAAUUCCCUAUAUGUUGGCAAAGAUUCAAACACAAUAAUAAUUAUUCGCUACCUAUUGUCCUAUUUAAGCAUCAAUGUGAAUCUUAAGUUUGUGAAUAACAGAAAGGAAGAGUGUAUGAUCAAGUAUACAACUGGUUCAUUCAAUAUAUUGCAAAUUGUGGCUAAAUCAAAGUUUGAGAGUUUAGCAGAUUGUAAACUGAAUGACAUUUAUUUUGAACAUCAAGGGAAAGAAAUAGGAAAUGCAUAUUAUUUUGAACAUCUAGUUGAGAAAUUUAAAGAAGAGGGCAAAAAUGAACUUAGUUUUGAUCUAAAGGCUCUAAUCAGGAACCAAAAUCUUUUGUCAAUUAGAAGCUCGAGGAAGUUUUGA